AUACAAUACAUUGCAUAACCACAAACAAAACAUUCCACAUGGCGGAUAAGGAAGGAGAAGUGGUCUGCAUCACCGGCGCCAGCGGCUUCAUUGGCUCUUGGAUCGUCCAACUUCUGCUCCGCCGUGGCUACUCCGUUCGCGCCACCGUUAAAAAUCUAGGGGACGAGACAGAAACGAAGCACUUGGAAGCCAUUGAAGGAGCUGAUUCCCGCCUUCGCCUCUUCCAGAUCGAUUUGCUUGACUAUGACUCCAUUGCCGCCGCUAUCACCGGCGCCGCAGGCGUCUUCCAUGUCGCUUCCCCUUGUAUCAUCGAUCAAGUCGACGACCCUCAGCGAGAGCUGUUGGACCCUGCAAUUAAGGGAACCCUAAAUGUACUCAAGGCGGCCAAAAAUCUCAACGUUCGGCGCGUGGUUGUCACGUCUUCUAUAUCUGCCAUGAUUGCCGGCUCCGACACUCUGGCAGACGUCGGUGAAGAUUCUUGGGUUGAUGAGGAUUAUUGCCGCCAAAAUGGGCUUUGGUAUCCUCUUUCAAAAGCACUUGCUGAAAAAGCUGCAUGGAAAUUUGCCGAGGAAAAUGCUCUGGAUAUUGUUGUGGUGAAUCCAGGAAUGGUAGUUGGUCCGGUACUUCCCCCAGCUCUAAAUUCGAGCAUGCAAUUGAUGGUUCACGUACUUCAGGGUCGUGAUUUUAACAAAAGCUUCUUUAUGGCAUUAGUACAUGUGAAAGAUGUAGCUCUUGCUCACCUACUGUUGUAUGAGAACACAUCAGCAGCUGGAAGACAUCUCUGUGUUGAAUCUUUAUCACGCUACGGUGAAUUUGCUGAACAGAUGGAGAGAACCUACCCUGAAUACAAGUUGCCCAGGUCUAGUAAAGAAAAGCAACAUGGAUCAGUAAAGAGCGAGGCUGCAUUGAAGAAGCUGAUAGAUCUGGGUGUGAAAUAUGCUCCUAUGGAUCAGAUUGUUAAGGAUGCUAUUGAAAGUUUGAGGAGCAAAGGAUAUAUUUCGUGAAAAGAGUUAAGAAUUAUGUAAUUAUUGGACAUAAGUUGGCUUUACAUCUGUGGGGAGCUAUUUCAUUGGGAGAGUGAGAAAACAAAACUUAUGUUUUGAUGGAGUCCGUGUGGAUGUAAAACGACAUUGAUGUAGUAUGUUAAUUAUGCAGUAUAUGCAACACGAAAUAAACUUUAUGUAUAGAAUCUUAUUUUAUUUGCUUCUCCAGCAGCAAAAAUGUUUUCUAUUUCCA